AUGCUUCUACAAGUUGUAUUCCUCCUCGGUCUGGUGGCCUCGCCCAUUCUGGGCCUCAUUGGCAAAUGUUCUCAACCUAUGUCUGAUUCCACCACCAUCUACGACUUUUCCUUGCCAAACAUUUUCAAGACUGGAACCAUCAAUUUCGCCGACCUCCGGGGCAAGGUGAUUCUGGUGGUUAAUGUGGCUACAUACUGUGACCAUACCCCACAGUUUCUGGGACUGAAUGCUCUGCAGAAAGAAUUCGGAAGUGAUCUCCAGAUUAUUGCAGUACCUACCGACCAGUUUCAUUAUGAGGAGCCCGGUGCAAAUGGAACCGAGAUCAUGAAUGGACUGAAAUAUGUCAGACCCGGAAAUGGGUUUAUCCCGGCUUUCCCUCUCACCGCUAAAACAGAAGUCAAUGGUAUCCAUGAACAUAAGAUGUUUACUUACCUAAAAAAAUACUGUGAACCUACAGAUGAACUGUUUUAUCCCGGACUGACCUACCAAGGGAAUAAAGUUCACGAUAUCCGCUGGAAUUUUGAGAAAAUUCUCAUUGAUAGGACCGGUAAACCUGUAAAGAGGUAUAACGUCUACGUACUUCCGGCCGAUCUUCGUGACGACAUCCGGGCUCAGAUUCAGGGGGCUGAACAACAUGAACACAAACUUCCGGUCCUUGGAUCAUUCAUUGGUUGAGGAUUAUAAAUAAUUAUUUUAACA